AUGUACUUCUUUACUGCACAUUUCGGCCAUCCUCACCCAUGCUCCCCCGUGUUCCUUACCUGUGUUGCUAGCCCAUGUACUUUACCCAUUCCCUCCCCUUUUUCUCCCCUCCCCCAUCCCCAGGUGCUCUUUCCAACUGGAACCCCGACGACCCCGAACCAUGCAGCUGGACGGGCGUCGACUGCAACCCCUUCUCAUUUCUCCAUGUCCUUUUUCCUCGCUCUCCCAACACCCCUCCUCCCCAUCCCCAGGUGCUCUUUCCAACUGGAACCCCGACGACCCCGAACCAUGCAGCUGGACGGGCGUCGACUGCAACCCCUUCUCAUUUCUCCAUGUCCUUUUUCCUCGCUCUCCCAACACCCCUCCUCCCCAUCCCCAGGUGCGCUUGACAACUGGAACCCCAACGACCCCGACCCAUGCAGCUGGACGGGCGUCGACUGCAACCCCUUCUCUCGCCGCGUCACCUCCCUCUCCCUCCCCUACCGCACUCUCUCCGGCACCCUCGACCUCCCAGACCCGUCCCUUGCCUCCCUCUCAGACCUCCUCCAACUCUCCCUCCCCGGAAACUCCUUUCCAGGCUCCUUCCCCUCCGCCCUCUCCCGCCUCUCCUCGCUUCAAACCCUGGAGUUAGCAGAAACGGAGCUCUCAGGGGAAAUCCCGGGGAAUACCCUCUCCGCCCUCCGCCGCGUCGCCGUUCUAGACCUGCGCAAGAACGCCCUCUCGGGGCCAAUACCCCCGGAAAUCUCAGCUCUCAACUCCCUAAUCAAGCUAGACUUGAGAGAAAACGCCCUCUCCGGCUCCCUCCCUUCCGAAAUGCAGUCACUGGGACAGGUGCAGGACAUUUUACUUGACUACAACCAGCUAUCCGGUCCCCUCGCGCCAGCGCUCCUAGUCUCGCUCCCUAUCGUCCAGACCAUCUCGGUCCGGGGAAACGGGUUCGAAGGGGAGGUGCCGAAGGAAUUUGGGUAUGCGCAGCGGCUUUCGCGGCUGGAUUUGGGCGGGAACAGGCUGCAAGGGAGCAUUCCCGAGACGUUUGGGCAGAUGUGGAGUUUGACGUCUCUUCGGUUGGACUCGAAUCGGAUCGGGGGGACGAUUCCGUCAAGGCUGAAUACGCUGGGCCAGCUGCAGGUGCUGAUGCUGAACGGAAAUGAUUUGAUUCUCCCCCCUCCGCCUGUCUCGCCCUCACCCCCUCCCCCCGUUCAACCUCCCCCGCCCCUUCCAUCUCCCCCCCCGCUUCUUCCCCCUCCUCGUCCGCCUCUCCCCUCCCCGCCCGUGCUUCUCCCAGCUCCCCCUUUCCCUCCCCCCAAGCCCCCCUCUCCCCCCCGGAAGCGCCCGCCCCCAUAUCCCCGCUUUCCUCCUCCCCAUCCGCCCCCUUCCUCCCCAACCUCCCCUUUCUUCCCCGAAAUCACCCCCCCAAGCCCCCCCAUUCCCCCCCCGCCCAAGCGCACUCACCCCCCAAGGCCCCCCCGCCACCCCCGCCCCCCUUGGCCUCCCCCCCAACCCGUCCCCCCGCCCCGGCCCCCCAAACAUCCUCCUCCUCCCCCCCGCAAGCCCCCCACUCCUCCACGACCUCCCCCCAAACCGCCACUUGCCCUUCCGCCACUCGCCCCUUCCCCUGCACCUGCCCCAAGCCCUUCCCCCGCCAUCUCCCCCUCCCCAAGCCCUUCCCCCUCGUCUACACCAGCUCCCGCCCCUUCCUCCUCCCCCUCCCCUGCUCCCGCCUCCUCCCCCUCCCCUGCUCCCGCCUCCUCCCCCUCCCCUGCUCCCACCUCGUCCCCUUCCCCUGCUCCCACCCCCUCCCCAUCCCAUUCCCCUGCCCCUGCUCCUGCUCCCCUUCUCCCUCCUCUUGCUCCACCGCCCACUUCCCCCACUCCCACUCCUUCCCAAGCACCCUCUCCUCUCCCCACUCCUCUUUCUCCUCCUCCCACUCCUCCCUCCAACUCCCCACCACCACCACCAUCACCACCUCUCGACUCGUCUGGAAACUUAGAUGUAUCCUCUUCCCCCGCACCUCCUCCGCCCACUACAAGCACCAACCCCUAUGGUAACAACAACCUGGCCUGGUGGCAGCUGCUGGCGCUAUGUGCUGCCUCGUUACUAGCAACUCUGCUCUUUGCAGCGCUCUUCACAUUCGGCUGUCCUUAUCUGUGCGGCAUGGCAGCCCGGGCGAAGCAUAGGUAUAAAGGGGUGCCUACUAACGAGGAUGCGGCUCUGAAAGCAGAAGCUGAUGCAGCAGCUGCGGCGGCAGCAGCGGGGGCGGCAGGCGGGGCAGGAGCAGGGGCUUAUAGCGGGCCAUACAGUAACGAGUAUGGAAUGGAGGGUACAGAGGGAGGAGGAGGAACGGGAGGAGAAGGAACAACAGGAGGAGGAGGAGGAGGAGGAGGAGGAGGAGGAGGAGGAGGAGGAGGAGGAGGAGGAGGAGGAGGAGGAGGAGGAGGAGGAGGAGGAGGAGGAGGAGGAGGAGAGGGAGCAGCACUGCUAGGAGCAGCAGCAGCUGCAGGGGCAGUUGGUAUAGGCGCCGCCGCUGCAGCAGCAGCCGCCACGCGCUCAAAAUCAACAGAAGGAUCAGGCGAGGAUGACUCUAACGAGGAUAUAGCCAUAGCUGCCAUCGCAGGAGCAGGAGCAGCAGGGGGAGCAGGGGCGGAGGGCAGCUCGUCACUGGUAACCAUGUUUGACGGGCGGUCGGUGCGGGCAUCCGCGUUACUAGCUGCCACGGACGAGUUUGGCGCGAGCAAGAUGAUCACGCGGGGGCCGGGGCCGAGCGGGAGCACGGCGUUUGUGGCAGACAUGCUGGCGGAUGGCCCCAUGCUCGUGGCCAAGUUGUUACCAACAGUCACGGAGCAAGGGGAGGAUGGGGAGGAGUUUCCGGUACCUAUGAACCUGAAUAUGGAGGAAAUGCGCGCGCUGGCGGAGAUCGACCACCCGAAUGUGCUGCCGCUGCUGGGGUGCUGGGAGGACGAGAUCACCGGCAGGCGCGUGCUGCUGUACGAGCUCAUGCCCAAUGGAGACUUGAAUGACUUCUUGUAUGAUGAGGAGCUCUCCGAAAACUCCCUCACAUGGGAUGCCAGAAGGCGCGUGGCUCUCGGAAUAGCCCAGGGAGUGGCACAUCUGCACACGCUCUCUCUCCCUCUCCCGCCUGGGUCCCAGCUCGCCCCCGACCCCCUCGUGCACGGGUCGCUGCACCCGGGGAACAUCCUGCUGGGAGAUGAUGGGGAGGCGAAGCUGACUGAUACUGCUGGGGCGCGCGUUGCGUUUGAUUCCGACGAUGUGCACCACGGGUCGCUGCACCCGGGGAACAUCCUGCUGGGGGAUGAUGGGGAGGCGAAGCUGACUGACACUGCUGGGGCGCGCGUUGCCUUUGACUCCGAUGAUGUGCACGUGGCUCCAGAAACGUUGGGAUACACGCCACCUGGCCCUACAACAGCCACACCAGAGGGCGACGUGUUCAGCUUCGGCGUGGUUCUCUUGGAGCUUCUAACAGGACGCCCGCCGCUCGACCCGUGGUUUGCGGAGAACGAGCUGGGGGACGUGAUAGGGUGGGUGAACGUGUGCGUGGAGGAGGGGGCGGCGGGGGACGUGUUGGACCCGCGUGUGGCGGAUAUAGCGGAGUGCGAGGGUGAGAUGCUGGAGGUGCUAAAGAUUGCGCUGGUGUGUGUGGGGGAGGAGGCGGAGGAGCGGCCGUCCAUGGCUGAUAUAGUGUCGAUGCUGGAGAGAGUGGGGGAUGAGGGGAGUGGGUAG